GAAUGUUUUAAGUGUGAACGUGACGUAAAGCCUUUCGUGCGUUCAUUUUGAAUUGUUUUUGUAGAUUUGUUAAUAACUUUAAAAAGAUGACGUCGUUCAAAAAAAUAAAUACCAAAGUAUUUGCCAGAACAGGACCGGAAUUAACCGAAGAUAAUAUAUACUGGAAAAAAUAUACGCCUCCUGUUUUAAUAAAGGAAUUUGGUCCAAUAGACUAUAUUGAUUUCUCACCAGUAGAACCGCAUUAUUUUGCCGUGACCUGCUCAGUACGAGUACAAUUGUAUAAUCCUAUUACCAAACUGGUUACAAAAACUUAUAGCAGGUUCAAGGAAGCUGCAUACGGAGGUUGCUUUCGUAGGGAUGGCAAGCUGCUGUGUGUCGGUGGAGAGGAAGCAGUGGUCAGACUCUUCAACAUUGGUUCAAAUAGCAUGUUGAGGCUCUUUUCUGGACACAAGGCUGCAGUGCAUAGAGUUUUCUUCACAGCCGACGAUCUUCAUAUCGCUUCAUUCUCAGAUGAUAAGACUGUAGCAUUAUGGGACAUACCUAGCGAAAAGCAAUUGAUAAGCUUCAAUGAACAUACGGAUUAUGUCAGAGCUGGCACAGUGAGUCCCGUGUCCACUGAUGUGUUGCUAUCUGGUGGAUAUGACAAGAUUGUAAAUAUGUAUGAUGCUAGGACGAAUAAAAAGAUACUCAGUGUUAAUCAUGAUGCACCAGUGGAAAGUUUACUCUUCUUGCCAACUGGAGGAAUAUUCUUGUCUGCAGGUGGAACAGACAUCAAAGUAUGGGAUGCCCUCGCGGGUGGUAAAUUGCUCGCAAAAAUCACACAACAUCAUAAAACUGUAACUUGUUUGAAAAUCGCCUCUAAUGGUCAUAGAAUAAUGUCUGGUUCAUUAGAUAGGCAUGUUAAAAUUUAUGAUGCUGGAACAUAUAAAACCCUUCAUGCUUUGGACUAUCCUAAUGCGGUUCUCAGCAUAGGAAUUAGUGCAGGUGACGAGACUGUCGUAGCCGGUAUGGUAGAUGGUUUGAUUUCCGUUAGAAGACGCGAGGAAGACGUAAAAGACGUGAUAAAACCGAAACGCAAGAAGGUAUCAUACAGGCAUGCGGGCGAAAAUCUGCAUGUUCGGAGUAUCGAUGUGGUCGUGCAUCAAGAAGUUAAAGAUAUAAUGAGCAAGCACGAUACUUGCUUGCGAAAGUUUCAAUAUAGCAAAGCGCUCGACUGUGUCAUGAUGAAUUACGUAGUCAACAAAAUGCCGCACGUUACCGUGGCGCUUACACAGGAACUUAUUAGGCGCGAGGGCUUAAGACGAGCUCUGGCUGGUAGAAACGGCAAAUCACUAGUUAAUAUUAUCAAGUUUUUAAAUAAAUACAUCGGUAGCAUCCGUUUUGGAAGAGUAUUGGUGCACGUAGCAAACGUAUUGUUAGACGUAUACGAGGAUCAUUUGGACGAACUGUCGGAGGAAGUACGUAAAACGUUCGCUAUACUGUCGCAAAAGUUACAGGAAGAAGAGCAGUUAAUUCUAGCCUUGACGCAAUUGCAAGGUUCAAUGCAGACGAUUUUGUCUGGCGCUGAAACGUCUUCUUUGCCUACUUUAAAAGAGAGUCAAAGCUUGGAACCAUCAAACGCCGCUCAAACAGAACGUAAUAUUAUCUUGAACAUAGUUUAAAGGUAACAUAGUUUAACUUAUAAAAUAUUAUACAAUUGUAAAAUAAUUCUUUGUACAUAAUUUUACAUUACAUUAAUAUUAAAUUUCUUGAAGUAAACAA